AACAAAAUCAUCAGUCAUCAGUCUCAGAACAACUUUUACGCGAGCUCAUCGUCUCGUCGUGUUCUUCGUCCGUCGUUUUUGUUCGCGAUAGUUAUCGGUCCGAGGAAGUGCAGCUGAAGUUCUCGGAAUUUUACUACCCCGAAUUUCGGUCCGUUUAUUUGCGUUGGCCUUCAAAAAUCCGCGAUGCGAGGGAAGAAAUGACACAGGAUUAAUCGAAGUUGGCGUUAAUUUUUGCGUUUUUCUUGAUUCGAGGGAGUUUUCGCGUUUUUUCUUCCGUCACCAGCAGCAAGAUUCCGCGGGAGGUUUGUUCAGUUGAGUGAGAAAAAAAGCAAAUUUCACAGUGAGGAAGAAGCACAGUGAACAGAACAAAAUAGCAAGUGUGUGUGUUUGCGCGAGAGGAAGAAGGAACGCCUCGGAAAAUCGGAAAACAGAAGCAGAAAAAUAGAAGAUAGUGAAGAUGUACAGCAAAAUGAAUGGCUAUCCCUCAUCAACAUUUAGGUCGAGUGGUGGCCGAUUGUGGGGAAUGUCGCACUCGCUCCCAUCAGGAAUGUCGAAUUAUGCAUACGGACAGGAUUCGGAUUUCUCGUUCUCGUCGCGACCGCGAAUGUGCGAUAUGCCAUCGAGUAGCACCUUCGGCGGCAAUGCACAGCAAACGUCAUCAUCGAGCACAAGUUCACUGUCCGGAAUGAACUUCGGACCCGGCAGCAACAAUGCCGGAACAAAUCUGAUCGUCAAUUACCUGCCGCAGGACAUGACCGAGCGUGAAAUGUAUUCGAUGUUUUCUACCAUGGGUCAGAUCGAAACAUGUCGAAUCAUGAGAGAUGUAAAGACUGGAUACAGUUACGGAUUCGGUUUCGUUAACUUCUUGUCCGAAGAUGCGGCACAACGUGCUAUCAGGUGUUUGAACGGUUACUCGGUUCGGAACAAGCGAUUAAAGGUUUCAUAUGCAAGGCCACAGAGCGACGACAUCAAGGAAACAAAUCUCUAUAUCACAAAUCUUCCACGAACAAUAACUGACGAACAGUUAGAUAUUAUUUUUGGUAAAUACGGUACCAUAGUACAAAAGAAUAUCUUGAGAGAUAAACUGACUGGCUUUCCACGUGGUGUAGCUUUCGUUAGGUUCAAUAAAAGAGAAGAAGCCCAGGAGGCGAUAUCAGCAUUGAACAAUGUAAUACCACAAGGUGGUAUUCAACCACUGAUCGUCCGAGUGGCAGAGGAUCAUGGACGAGCAAAGGCUGCUCUCUACGUUCCUUCAUAUAACUCAAUAGUACAUAACAACCGAGGUAGAGUACGAAUGCGUAAUAAUCCUUACUAAAUCAAAAAUGUAUCAACACUAAAUGCUUUUGCUCAUGAUUUUCCCAUUUUGAAUGUUGAUUCCAUAUUUUACUUUACCUUGGUUAUUAUCAGUACAUAAUUUGAGUUCUGUUUACUUUACGCUACGAAAAUACUUUUAUAAAAUCUUUUAAGUUGGAAUUGAGUCAGAUAUUCAAACAUGAAACUUUUAAGUUUAUUAUAUCAACUUAAAAAAAAGCAAGAACUAGUUUUACUUAUGUUUAUUAGAAAUUAAAUCAUACCUUAUAUUUGUGAUUUCUCAUCAUUCAAAUGCAUGAUAGUGACAAAACAAUUUGCAAUAGCUGUGCUUUCUCUGAUCGACAUUACCAUCAAUUACACACAUAGCUGUAUAAAGCUUAGAUUUCGAUUAUUUUCUCCCGUAAUUCCUAUGAGCUUCUUUUGUAGGACACUAAAUUCAUAUAGUAAGGUCAUACUGAUCCAUUUCGUGUGUCGAAUGUGCUUGAGCUAUUACGCUGUAUAUGGUUAGUAAAUAUUCAUUGAGUGCAAAUUUGCCCUCUUCACAGACUUAUGUGCUGUAGUAUAUCUUAACGCAAUAGAAAUUUAAAGGCUUUGAGCCAACCUACAUUAAUAUUAUGAUACUAAAAUAUUCUGUCAACUCUAUGUCCUUAGUCGUAGCAUAAAAGAUGUAAUAUGACGUCUUGAAAAUGAUGAAUAAAUAUGAAGGUCAUUGGUGGAAGAAAA